UGGUGGUUAGGAGACACUACUGCUCUACAGAGAAGCAAUAAGAAAAACGGCUGGGUGUUUUCGCAUCAAAUCACACAGGAACAGGGACAACCCACCUGGGGAAAUUAAAAGCACCAGUUUUUUUUUUUUCUUUCUUUUUUUUUUUUUUAAGACCUGGGCCGUUCAGAUAGAUUUUAUUGGAGUGAAUCUGUCUUUACAAAUAGGAAGGCUCUACCUGUGAGAAAGCCCUCCUCUUCUCUCUGCGUCGUGCCAUAGAAUGUCUCGCAGCCCUGAGGUGAAGGAAGACCCCAUGGAGUGCCCACUGUGCAUGGAACCAUUGGAGAUUGACGACGUCAACUUCUUCCCCUGCACGUGCGGCUACCAGAUCUGCCGCUUCUGCUGGCAUCGUAUUCGCACAGAUGAGAACGGCCUCUGCCCGGCCUGCAGAAAGCCAUAUCCAGAAGACCCUGCGGUCUACAAACCUCUUUCUCAAGAGGAACUUCAGAGGAUAAAGAACGAGAAGAAGCAGAAGCAGAGUGAGCGGAAACAGAAGAUCACAGAAAACCGCAAACACCUCUCUAGUGUGCGUGUCGUCCAGAGAAACCUUGUGUUUGUGGUGGGCCUUUCACAGAGACUCGCCGACCCUGAGAUCUUAAAAAGGCCAGAAUACUUUGGGAAGUUUGGGAAGAUCCAUAAAGUGGUCAUCAAUAACAGCACUUCAUAUGCUGGCUCACAGGGUCCUAGCGCCAGUGCCUACGUCACUUACAUUCGAUCAGAAGACGCCCUUAGAGCGAUACAGUGUGUUAACAAUGUUGUAGUAGACAGCAGAACACUUAAGGCUUCUUUAGGUACAACAAAAUACUGCAGUUAUUUUCUAAAAAGCAUGCAGUGCCCCAAACCAGACUGCAUGUAUCUUCAUGAGCUGGGAGACGAAGCAGCUAGUUUCACUAAAGAGGAAAUGCAGGCAGGGAAACACCAGGAAUAUGAGCAGAAACUUUUACAAGAGCUCUACAAAACAAACCCCAACUUCCUACAGAACUCAACAGGGACAGGGGAGAAGACGAAGAGCAAAUCUGGCUCAUCACAGAGUUCCAACAGUAACAACAAAGACUCAUGGCCUUCAUUACAAAUCACAGAGAAGACACCCAAUGGGCUUCUAGACCACCAUAAGACCCCACCACCAGAUGGCGGCUCAGACUCUGAAAACAUGACUUCAGACGGACCAGACACAGAGUUGGGUCUAGGCCCUAUCACUGACCUGACCCCCUUCACGCCAAACUGUGACCCUGUCAGCCUUAGUAACAAACUUUCGGCCGGCAUCAGUAUAGGUAACGGAGAAACAUCACAACAAAUCUCCUGCAAUGACUCACCAUUUCCCCCUCCUGGCCUGACUAAGCCACCACUAGUGGUGCCCAUUUGUGUAGCAGGGCUGACAGCACGGUCGCCUUUUGUCGGAGCAGCAGCCAUGUCACAGUCACUCUUUUCAGACAACAGCAACUUCAGGCACCCUAACCCGAUCCUCAGCAGCCUGCCCGGUUUUCCUAGUUCUCUUCACAGCAACUCAGACUGGCCCACAGCCCCAGAACCACAGAGCCUCUUCACCUCAGAUACCAUACCAGUGUCGUCCUCCACGGACUGGCAAGCGGCCUUUGGCUUUGGCUCGUCGACCAAGCAACAGGACGAUGACCUUGGAUUUGACCCUUUUGACAUCACCCGUAAGGCGUUGGCUGACCUCAUAGAGAAUGAACUCUCUGUAGAAGACAAAGCCUCCUUACCCACAACCACUGUAACAUCAGCAUCAGGCUUCCCCCAUGGGCCGUUACUGGGCUCACUCCACAGCGGCUCCUCCAUGAAAAGCCCACCUCAGCCUCCUGCAUCCUCGCACUUCACCCCAAACUCCAGCCUGCCCUCGCGGGGCUUCUCCCAGCUCCCACAUCGUGCCGUCUACAACUCCUUUAGCUUUCCUGGCCAGACGCAGAGCUCUCGACCCCGUUGGAUGGGCAUGUCCAUGCGCAGUAACCUACCGCACUUGAAUCGCAUCACUGGUCACGGCGCCGCCCCUUCUUCUGCUACACAACACAGCAGCUUUUUGGACUUAAAUUUGCCGCCACAACAACGGCAUCAUCACAGUAUGGGGCUUGGAGGUAUCUCCAUCACAGAAAACAGCAGCUCAGUAGAAAGUCUAAAUGUAAAGGAAUGGCAGGAUGGACUCAGAGCACUUUUACCUAACAUAAACAUUAACUUCGGUGGACUACCCAGUUCCUCGUCUUCCUCGUCUUCAUCCUCUUCUUCAUCCUCCAGCAUGAACCACACAGGCGGGAUCUCACACAGCCUCAGUUGGGAUGGCACAGCUAGCUGGAUGGACCCUGCCAUCAUCACAGGUAUCCCAGCUUCCUCAGGCAACAGUCUGGACUCUCUGCAGGAUGACAAUCCUCCACAUUGGCUCAAAUCCUUGCAGGCACUCACAGAGAUGGAUGUCCCUUCCAGCUCCACAGUGCCCCCACAGCCCCCACACAGCGGGCCUUUUGGGGCCCAGUUCCCCCACAGAGCCGGCUGGGCCCCUUAUCCAACCACAGCCUCGGCUAACCCUGCUACCCAGUUCCACUUACCACCUCCAGGGUUCCAGUCUGCCUUCAGACCCUCAGCCCAGGCCUCUACAGAUCUGCUACAGAGUGCCGGCAUGGACCGCCAUUAGAAACUGUGAAACUAAUCCCCAUCCUCCACAUCACAAAACACACAGCAAACAAAACAGUCGAAUCAGUACAAACCUAUUAACAAAAUAACAAGAUUUUGCAUUUCUUUGUGGCCAUUUUUUCCCGUUUCUGGAUUUGUGUUUCUCUUGGUUUAGUCUUUUUUUUUUUUUUUCUUGUUGCCAUAGUGUACUGUUCCAGCUUUCCCAAUUGAAACCAUCACAUAAACAAGCCAGUUGUCAAAGCAAAGCCUAACAAGUAAGUUUUUGAAAGGUAGGAGAUCUUUUAGAGGCUUAAUCAGACUUGUUAGAACGUAGUAUGCAAUAUGUAGCAUUAACAUCAGUGCAUUAAAAGGAUAGUUCACCCAAAAAUUAAUAUUCUGUCAUCAUUUACUCAGGGGUUUAUUGCUUGCUUGCUUGCAUCGAUCACAAAAGGAGAUGUUUGGUAAAAUGGCAUCCUCAGUCACCAUUUUGCAUAACAUCUGCUUUCGUGUUCUUUGGAAGUAAGAAAGACAUGAGGGUGAGUAAAUCAUGAUAGGAUUUUUUUUUUUUUUUUUUUUAGGUGAACUAACCCUUUAAUUUUGGACUUGUAUACCAGUACUCAAAAGAGCAUUGUCAAUGGAAAAGAUGUAGAGGUUUUAUUUUAUUUUUUUAUUCCAUUGAAACAAAAUGGAAAGAUUCAAAAGAAAGUUUCUUGAUUGGAAACAAAUCUGCCUUCAAAGCUAAACCAAAAAGUACAGCCCCUGUUCAACGUCUGCACAACUGAGUUACUUCUUGUGAUGGCUCUUCAACCCAUCUCACUCUAAGCAAUCAAGUAGAUAUACCCCCCCCCCCCCAAUAAAAACAGGGCUUCAAUUCUUUUUGUUUGAUUAAAAGGGUACUUCAAUUAUUCUGAAGGAUCAAAGGCAUAAUGAUGAGGUAGUAAAAAGCAUAAGCACUUUUUCUGUGGAUCUUUGGCCUUUAACUUUGUUCUACCUUUCUUUAGGGAGAUGCAUUUUUAAGGGUCAUAAAUGUGGAGCCCACUCUGAAUACAGUUAUGGUUCGUAUCAGCCAUACCAGUUAAAAAGGCAAUGUCUAAAUCUCUUGGAUUUUGCCCGUGACCCCUGCACCAAAUUGCCUGGUUGGUGAGGGGGGCUUCCACUUUCAAUGCAACACCGUAGUUAACCUCUGUAUCAGAGGGCGGUGCUUUGCAAAAUUAAGAGGAAGGCUGUUAUAUUAAAGAGCUGGGAAACACUGACCCCUUUAAAGUGCAGGGCUUGUGUAGCACAUGAGUUGCCACCAUGUGGCAUCUUUAAAAGCUGUUCUUGCCUGGUGGGCAAAAGUAUGAAUGUGGCCUAAUCAGUGUUUACACUCUGACUAUGCUCCUUGAAGAAACUUGAAAGUAUGCAUGAAAUGUAAGAAUUAGAUCUAGAGUUGAUUAAUCAAAUUGAAGCAAGGUGAUGUUUUGAAUGUGAAUGCAUAGCAUGAAACUAAAUAAUUAACUUGAUGUAAUUUAGAUGGAUGUAUUAACAAAAAAUUGGGAUUAAGGGUUUUUUCGAAUGUUGACAUUUGAAGAGAAAUUGGCUGCUUUUUAUUCAGACAUUUUACUUUGUAGUUGUUGAACUAGUUGUUGAAGUUGCUCUUUGUGUCUGUAGCAAUUUGCACAUUUACAUUUUCCACUGGCCAUGCAAGAUGAUUGUGAUUGGGUACUAUAAUGAUGGUAAAAGCUGGGAUAGCAGCGCUACUGGGCAACAGAGGUAUUGGCAAUACACAAGGUCUCUUGGGACCAUUAACACUGUUCAUCACUCUUACUGCCCCUCCUUACCUUCUCAGUUUUUUUUAAUGAUCUUAAUCAUGUAUCAGCUGUGUAGGUUCCUGCCGACUGUUCAGUAUUCAACAGUAUUUCAGAGGAAUGAAAAAAUUAAAAUCUUAAGAAGAAACCAGUACAGUUUAACUUAGGGUUUUACCCAGUACUAAAAUGUAAGAAAAUUAAAGAAUGAAGAGCUAGAGGAAUUGUACCUCUCUACAGGUCUGGAGGACAAUAAAAACUCAAUCUUAAAUAAAAGAGGAAAUGUGAGCUUGUGUUGAAA